AUGAAACUUGCUGACGUGAGGAAGAAUCUUCUCACCAUGGUGCAUGUCUUAGGGACAAAUUCAUGGAUAGAGAUACCUCAAGUUCCAGAUUAUCCGAUAACAGGUGAAGGAGUAUUUAGCCAUGGAUAUCUGUAUUGGUUAGCAGCUUGUGUUGAUGAAUCACCAAAUAAUGAUCCAAGAAAAGUGAUAUGGUUCAACGUGAAGAAGGAGGAAUUCGGGUGGAUAGAUCUUCCAAAAGAAACACAAACACAAGAUGAAUCAUUCAUCAGCCAUCGAUUGGUUGAUUUACAUGGUGAACUUGGAUACGAAUACAUGUCUAACAAAAUUGAGGUGUGGGUGUUGAAGAAGAAGGAAUGGGUGAUUUAUUGUAGGGUUGAUCAGAAGCCACCUUUUCCUCAUCAAGAGAUAAUGGUUUUAGGUCAAUGGAACAAGAAGGGGGACUUGUUAAUGACGAACAAUCCAUGGGAAAAAAGUUUACCGAAAAGGUUGUUUGUUUAUGGUCAGGAAAGUGGUGAGACACAUGAAGUAAAACUUGCUGGUUGGGGGAAUGGAUGGAAAGGAGAUAUACGAAUGUAUCAAAUUAGUAGCCGGUUUACAAUUCAUGGUUGA